AUGUUUUCUCGCAAUCCUUUACUAUCUCUGCGAGAAGGAGCUGCGAAAUUGAAGAAAAAGGGUCACGAUAUAUCACAUGAAACUAUAAGAACUUAUCUUCAUGCAAAUGACGUAAAGUGUCGCCCUACAAUGAAAAAACCAUUGCUUGGUGAAAAGCACAUCGAAAAGCGACUUACGUGGGCCCAGGAAAAUGUUGAUCGAGAUUGGGACGAGGUAAUAUUCACCGACGAGGCUUCUGUUUGGGAUUUCAAGAUUCCCGCCAACUCUCUGACUUCCAUUGUCAAGAACAAGGAGAAGAUUUUGAUAGUGAUAGAAAAAGCUGAAUUCUUCGCAGUUCACUUAGGAUACAAAGACUUCAAAGCUACCUCUGGUUGGAUAGAAAAGUUUAAGAAUAGAAAUGGAAUAAUCUAUAGGACAUUAAAUUGCGAAAGUGCUUCUGUUUCGAAAGAAGACUGCGAAAAGUUUCUCACCGACAUUUUGCCUAGCUUGUUAGAAGUUUAUGCAAUAGAAGAUAUCUUCAAUGCAGAUGAAACAGGUCUUUUUUUCAAAUGUUUACCAGAUAAAACUCUGACAUUUAAGGGCGACACUUGUCAUGGUGGUAAAAAAACCAAGGAUCGUAUUACUGUUAUGGUCUGCGCUAAUAUGUCUGGUAAAGAAAAACUAGAGUUGCUGGUAAUAGGCAAAUCUAAGAAUCCACGAUGUUUCAAGGGAGCCAAGUCCUUACCAGUGCUUUACGGGAGCAAUAAAAAAGCUUGGAUGACUAGUUCAGUUUAA